ACUCUCACUUGAUCGUAUAAUCCCAUUUUCUUCCUCAAUAACAAUUAAUGGCUUCCACUCGUCUUCUGCAACCACACCUUCUUUUCCUUCUACUGUGUGUGUUCAACGUCUCCUUUGCAGCUAGGAGGCUGAGUGAUACCCUCUUGCAAUACCACAAUGGUGCUCUUCUCACCGGAGACAUCUCCGUCAACCUCAUUUGGUACGGAAACUUCAAGCCAUCCCAGAAAACCAUCAUCACCGACUUCAUCACCUCCCUUUCCUCUUCCACCUCACACUCGCAGUCGCAGAUGGAACCAUCUGUAGCCACAUGGUGGAAGAAGACGGACAAAUACUUCUCGAAAUCGGCCAAGAAGCCCACGCUUCGAAUCGGGAAGCAAGUAUCCGACGUCGAUUGCUCGCUGGGAAAAUCCUUGACGGAGAAACACCUGGUUCAGUUGGCAGCAAAGGGUGAACCAAGUAACGCCGUCAACAUCGUGUUAACGGCGAAGGACGUGGCGGUUGAUGGUUUUUGCUCUAGCAGGUGUGGGACCCAUGGUUCUUCCAGAAGUAAGAACUCCAAAUUCGCAUACAUCUGGGUUGGUAACUCGGAGAGCGAGUGUCCAGGUCAAUGUGCGUGGCCUUUCCACCAACCAAUCUACGGACCACAGGUGGCACCCUUGGUUGCACCCAAUAACGAUGUGGGUGUAGAUGGGAUGGUCAUAAACCUGGCGAGCCUCAUGGCUGGGACGGCUACAAACCCGUUUGGGAAGGGAUAUUAUCAAGGGGAUGCAGGGGCACCGUUAGAAGCUGGAUCAGCAUGUCCAGGGGUGUAUGGAAAGGGAGCAUAUCCAGGGUAUGCAGGGGAGCUAUUGGUGGAAGAGAGUACAGGUGCAAGUUAUAAUGCACAUGGUACAAAUGGAAGGAAGUAUUUGCUUCCUGCUUUAUUUGACCCCUCUACUUCUUCAUGUUCCACUUUACUUUAAAUUUAUUAUAUAUUCUUAGGUAUCUCUUUCAUAGAUAUUGUAUAAAAUAUAAAAAUAAAAAAUAAAAAAUAAAAAAACAUAUUAGUUUAGUGUAGAACUAGAAGUAUGUAUUUUAUUUUCAAUUAUUUUAUUUAUUUAUUUAUGUCAUUACACUUUUAAUUAGCUUCUUGUUUUCAAUUAAACAUUUUUCUAGAAAUGCUAUAUGAAAUCGAAUAAUAUUCGUUGCG